GGCUGUUGCUUUUAUGCUUGAAGAGGCUGGAGCAGUGAGUUGUUCUGCACACUCUUUUCGAGCAAAUUAUUAUCGAAAAUGACGACGGAAAACCCAGACAUACAGUGGGCAUUAGACCUUCUGACACCUGAUCCAAAUUAUCAGGAGAAUUUCAUUUCGAAAAACUACCCUUGGAUAGUCUGGCCUUUCGUAUCCCUUGGAGGAAAUGCUUACGUCACAUAUUUACAAGGCAGGCCAUGGUAUUCGGGUGUACGCAGAUAUACGUUUGCACUUACUGCUGGAUUAAUUGCUGCUAAGGUACUCAAGGAUGCUAAAUAUCACAGAGAAGCAGAACGUGAUGCUGUAAUGCGACACUACAUUAAACUUCAUCCAGAAGACUUCCCUCCUCCAGUGCGUAAAACUUUCAAUGAGGAACUCAGAGAUUGGGUAGCAUGUCGUUAAAUUUUUUGGUAAAGAUGUAUGUAGAUUAUUGUUAUUAAAGUCAUUCGUAAAUAAGAAUAAAAUGUUCAAAAUUCGAAAUAAAUACUUUUUUUUGAGGUAAUUUAUUGUACGUAUAGAAAGCUUUCAUAGCACCUGUGAAUAAAUAUAGCUGAACACGAAGGUAAUAGUUAAAAAAAGCAAAACUAAAUAGUUAGAUCAAGUAUUUGAAGCUCAGCAAGGAAACCUAUAUUUGAGGCUUACUCAAUAUUAUUUUUGAUUUACUAACCUUAUUGGUAAUUUUUACAUUGAUUCAUAAAAUAUGUUGUUUUUGCGCUCUUGUAUUUUUUAAUUAGCAUAAAAUAAGCUAAUAAAUAAUAAAAAAGCAUAUAUUUGUUUUUGAAAAGUUUA